AUGGACCUGCUGGAGGUUAACUACAAAGAAAACAUAACCAUCUUCUUCAAGAAAGUGACCUCUGCUCCUCCCUCUGCUGCUCCUUCUGUUACUCCCUCUGCGCCUUCCAAUCCUAAUGAAUUCUGCACCUUCAAGCCACAAAUGUCGUCUGCAGACGCUGAGGAAGAACGCCUCUUAUUAAACUCCGCUUGGCCUGAAACUCCAGUUUUGACCUCUCCUCUUUUACUGAAUCAGACAAGCCAUGCUACACGCAGCACCUUUACCAUUCUCCCAAGGAGAGGUGGAGGAGAGUGGCGUGUAGGAGAUCAGCUGGAGGUUAUGAUAAAAGUCUGUGACUUCCAAGGAAACACCAAGAAGUUUGGAGGAGAUUUCUUAGUCACUCGGUUGCACAACAGGCAACUUGAAGCAGGCGUGGCUGGGCGAGUGGUGGAUCACCUAAAUGGCUCCUACUCUGCUGUGUUUACUUUACUCUGGGAAGGAAGCGCACAGGUGGAGGUGAAACUUAUUCAUCCAAGCGAGGCUAUCACAGCCCUGCGCAGGCUGAACAGAGAAAACCCAGACAGGAUUAUCUUCAAGAGCGUCUUCCGCUCAGGCUCUAUCUCUGAAACUAGCAACUGUAGUAUUUGUCUACGUCCAAACAACCAGCCACUGUGCAACUUCACCGACCUCCGCACGGGUGACCCUUGGUUCUGCUACAAGCCGAAGAACCUGGGCUGUGAGGCCAGGAUUAACCACAUGAAAACAGGAUAUACUAAUGAACUCAAGGCUGACGAGAAGAAGCUCUUCCAAAGGAAAGUCAACCUUCUAGUCUUCAUUCCGGCUUCUGGGCCUUCCAGUGUCAAUGUUUUGCCACAAGGGAAAGGGGAACCCAGGGUUGAUCAAGCCAGUAGGAAGCCUGGACUCUCUGGGUAUUACUACCAGGGUCUGUGGCGAUCAUUAGGUGGCACUAAAGUCCACCAGUUCAACAACGCCUCUGCCAUCAGUCAGUGUCUGAAAGGCAAGGUGGUCCACCUGUAUGGAGACUCCACUAUCAGACAGUGGUUUAAUUACUUCACCACUUCACUGCCAGAUGCUACGGCGGUAAACCUGAACAGUCCAGCACAAGCAGGACCUUUAGUGAUUUGGGACCAUGCUAACAAAAUAAUGGUAACAUACCGGAUCCACGGUCUUCCCCUUCGGAUCUCCACAAUGCCAGCCAGCAAAGAGAGCUACAUCGCCAAUGAACUAGAUACGCUUGUUGGCGGUACCAACACCAUUGUAGUUUUUGGCGUCUGUGCCCACUUUGGUACUUUCCCAACUGAGCUUUACAUCAGACGGCUUCAGAGCAUCCGCAGGGCAGUGGUCCGCCUGUUAAAUAGGGCUCCAGGCACGCUGGUGGUCAUCAAGACUGGGACCCUCACAUAUACGGAUCUUUCUUCUGUGGAAGGCAACAUUAACUGGUUCUCAGUUCAGGCGGACAAGAUGCUUAAAGACAUGUUCAAAGGAAUAAACAUCCAACUGGUGAAUGCCUGGGACAUGGUUCUAGCCCACUACCUGCAGCACAGCAUCCACCCACCAUAUCCCAUCAUUAAGAACAUGAUUGAUGUACUCCUGUCCUACGUAUGCCCUCAUAUGUGA